CCCAUGUUAACACACCAUGUGUAUCAAACGCGCCAGCCCCUUUCGAUAAUUUCCUCUAGCGAUGGCCAGCCCCGCCAGCUCUCUCCCUCUCUACCAAAGAUUCACCCGCAGAAACUAUAUUUCUCGAACCAUCGAAGUUGCCAUCCUCUUCCUCCUCCUCUAUCUCCUGCUCCAUCGCCUCCUCUCUCCCAGAAUCCAUGGAUUCGCCUGGCUCCUGGCCUUUCUCUGCGAGUCAUGGUUCACUUUCACGUGGGUUCUUGUUGUCAGCACCAAGUGGAAGCAAGUGGAGUUCAAAACUUACCCUCAACGCCUCUUGCAAAGGAAAGUGGAGCUCCCUCCGGUGGACAUGUUUGUGACAACGGCGGAUCCUGUCUUGGAGCCGCCAAUCCUGACUGUGAACACCGUGCUCUCAUUGUUGGCCGUCGAUUACCCGCCCGAUAAGCUAGCCUGCUACGUCUCCGACGACGGCGGCUCUCCUCUCACCUUGUACUCGCUGGUUGAAGCCUCAAAGUUUGCCAGGCUCUGGGUUCCUUUCUGCAAGAAGCACGGCAUACAGCUCCGGGCACCCUUCCGAUACUUUUCCAGUCAGUCCUCGUCUUCUCAGGAUGCUUCGCCGGAGUUUCGGAAAGAGAGGAAGAAGAUCCAGUACGAGUACGAACAUCUUUGCCAGAUAAUUGAAGAUGCAUCCAGAAGGCCUCUUCCUUGUGAGCUCGUUGGCGACUUCAAGGAUUUCUCCAACAUACAACGUGGAAAUCACCCUUCCAUAGUUAAGGUUAUAUGGGAGAACAAGGAUCAUCCUUCAAAAGAUGGAUCAAUGCCACAUCUUAUCUACAUUUCCAGAGAAAAACGGCCUCAUCACUCACAUAAUUUCAAAGCUGGCGCCAUGAAUGUGCUUACAAGAGUUUCAGGAGUGAUGACAAAUGCUCCAAUCAUGCUAAAUCUAGACUGUGACAUGCACGUUAAUAACCCCCAAAUUAUUCUUCAUGCCAUGUGUUUCUUUAUGGACAUCAAGAAUGAGAGGGAUUGUGGAUAUGUUCAGUCUCCUCAAAGCUUCUAUGAUGGAUUGAAGGAUGACCCAUUUGGAAAUCGAAUGGAGGUUUUGUUCAAGUACCUGGGAUAUGGAAUAGUGGGGAUUCAAGGACCUUUCUAUCAAGGAACAAACUGCUUUCACAGGAGAAAAGUCAUUUAUGGAUUAUCUCCAGACGACGAGCAAAUCAACGGAAAGCUGCGCAACAUUGAGGCAUCGAAGAGCGUUUAUGGGAGCUCAAUAGAGUUCACCGCAUUAGCUGCGGAGACACUGUCAGGGCUGAUGAUUGGUGGUUCAUCGGAAGGGGAUUUGUCGAGUUGCAUGGAUGCAGCUCACAUCGUUGCUGGCUGUGGCUAUGAGUAUGGCACCAAAUGGGGCAGUGAGGUUGGAUGGAUGUACGGAUCUACAACAGAAGACAUGCAUACUGGGCUUUCCAUUCAGGGGAGGGGUUGGAGAUCCACCUACUGCACACCCGACCCGCCAGCGUUCUUGGGUUGUGCACCCUCUGGUGGCCCCGCAGCCAUGAUCCAACAUAAGAGGUGGGCCACUGGGCUGCUUGAAGUUCUGCUCGGCCCAAAAAGCCCACCUAUCCUUAUGCUCAAAAGGAGGCUCCAGUUCCGGCAAGGCUUGGCCUACUUAUAUGUCCUUUUGUGGGCCAUCCGGUCCAUUCCCGAGCUAUGCUACGCAGCUUUGCCGGCCUACUGUAUCAUCGCUGAUACUUAUUUCUUGCCCAAGAAGGGACAACCAGGCUUCUUGACAACCAUCUUCAUCUUCCUCAUCUACAACUUCUACACUCUAUCUGAGUAUCUGCGAGCUGGACUCUCAAUCCGCGCAUGGUGGAACAACCAGAGAAUGUGGAAGAUCACCGCCAUGAACGCCUGGUUCUUCGGAGCUUUGAGCGUAGGCCUCAAGCUCCUCGGAAUAUCAGACACCGUUUUCGAAGUCACCCAAAAGGACCAGCCAGCUGCCGGCGACAACACUGACGCCAACGCCGGGAGGUUUACAUUCAACGACUCCCCUAUCUUCAUCCCCGGCACCACCAUCUUGUUGAUAAACCUGGCGGCCCUGGCUGCUGGAUUGCUAGGGUUCCGCCUUACCCCCGGCGAAGAUGGGUUCGGGAUAGGGGAGGUUGUUUGCAGUGUGUAUGUGGUGCUGUGUUCCUGGGCGUUCUUGAAAGGUCUGUUUGGCAGAGGAAAAUAUGGGAUUCCGUUGCCGACCAUUUUCAAGUCGGGGGCUCUGGCGAUGUUGUUUGUGCAGUUAAGCAAAUGGUUCUGAGAAUCAACAUGUGAAUUCUAUAAAAUAUCUUUUAAGAAAAACACCUUGAAAGAGUGCCUACAUAGAGAUAAUGUGCAGAGUGAUUAAGGGAUCUAACCUGUUGCAGUGAAAGGUAGCAUCUGCACCAUUUUGACAGAUUCCCUUCCACUUUGAUGGAAUUGGUCCGUUUUCUUCAUCACUGAGGCUUUUUGAUUCAGGCCACACACCUUGUUCAAUUCCGUUGAUGAAUGGUGAGGACAAUGAGACUUAAAGAUUGCAGUAACAGAAAAUCAAAGAACAUAAAGUCAUUAUUAAUAACUCAGGGCAGCCCACAAAACCAAAUUUAUCCCAAGUUUGCGCUUAUUUCUUCUACAUGCUCCCCCCUUACAGUCAGUGUCUCUAAAACACAAUCGACGGCAAGAAGUUUCAGGCCGAAGACUGCAAAAUCAGGUAAGUGUGCAUUUUCUUUUGGUUGGAGGUUGCUGGCCGAUGGGUCGGCGGUGGAGGCUGAACAACCGCCCAGAUCUGCAGCAAUUGUGUGGUUCCCAAACCCCCGAUUGCCGCUAGUCAGAGUUCGAGGAGCCCUUGACAUCGCUCAAUUUGGUCGGGGCUUCCUCAAACCCUGUCAUCGCUCAUCGGGGGUUCGAGGAAGCCCAGACCCUAGGCGGUCGGGGACCCCUUGAGUUCCCAACUGGGAUUUGUCGGGGACUCAAGGGGUUCCCGACCGCGGGCUGUCAGGGAUUCCUCAAAUCCCCGAUAGAUCCCAGUCGAGGACUCGAGGAGUCCCCGACCGCAGGCUGUCAGGGAUUCCUCGAAUCCCCGACGUAGCCCAGUCGGGGACUCGACAGGUCCCUGACCACCUAGGGUCGAGGCUUCUGCAACCCCUCGCCAAGGCGGUUGAGGACACCACCACCGGUCGUCGUGGGUGGCGGGGCUGCCACCUUUAAUUUUUUAAUAUUUAUUUAAUUUAAAUAAAAUUAAUUUUUUAUAUUUGAACUUUAUUUAUAAAAUGUGAAGUUUUUAAAUUCUGAUAUUCAGAAAUAAUUUUUAAAUAAAAGUUUUGACAUUUAAAAAUGUUUAAUAUUUUGAAAUAAAUUAAAUGUCUAAUUUAUACACUAUUGUAGUUUUAUUUUUGUAAUAGGUAACACAUUUCUUACAAAUAGCACGUACUCGAGGAGCUAGAGCACAGGGAGCUGACUCAUCUCUACCUCGCCAACGUCCGAUAUUCCACGAGGAGGAGAAAGGUUGAAUCUCAUGGGGAUCAGCCUCUGACUGAUCACCAUAUUCUAGAGUCGGGAAUAGACGUUCCUGAACAGUCAUAUGUAGUUGUUUCGGGCCCACCAUCUACUAGUGCUCCUGAGCACCCAUUGGAAGAAGAUAUUUUAGGACCAUUUCUGGGAGGCCCUGAGGAUUCGUCAAUUUUAAAAGUUUUAAAAAUCAUAUUGCUUUUGCCAUCUAGAUUGGAGAGGAGAGAGGAUUAUUGAAUUUCAGAAGCCAAGGACAAAGAAUUCCUCAAUGGUCGUUGGCUAAUCAGCAACGAGUUCGUGAAAUUGUUGUUGGAUCUAAAUUGGCACUACUCAUAGAUUGCAUGUAUCUUUUUAUAAAUUCUACGGUGGUAUCAGUUUUUGUAGAGAGAUGGCAGCCCAAGACCAACACAUCUCAUCUACUGGUCGACGAGAUGACGAUCACAUUAGAUGAUGUUGCUGCUAUUUUGAAGAUCCCAAUAACUGGUAGGCCUAUAUCUAUUCCACAUUUGACAAUUACUGAAGUCUGUGAACUGUUGUGUCGUUUAUUGGGGGUUUCAGUAGAUGUAGCAGCAAGAUAGGUAGCAGAGAGUCGAGGACCGUAUGUGAAGAAAAAAUGGAUGAGAAACACAUUCAUGAAUGUACCAGAUAUAUCUUCUAACAAAGAGGUCUACAAUGCUACUAGAGCAUACUUGUUAUUUUUA